AUGGCUGGGAUAUACAGCUCUACUCUGAAGACCCUGGAGGAUUUAACCUUGGACUCUGGUUAUGGGGCAGGGGAUUCCUGCAGGUCCCUUAGUCUCUCCUCUUCCAAGUCCAACUCCCAAGCCUUCACCUCUUCUCAGCACAGAGGCAACUGGUGGUACUACUCGGGCUCCAUGAACAGUAGGAAUAACAGCUGGGAUACCGUGAACACUGUUCUGCCGGAAGACCCCGAGGUUGCAGAUAUCUUUUCCAAGUGUCCUAAGCUGCCGGAUCUAGAGGAAUACCCUUGGACUGAUGAAGACAUUGGAAAAAUACUCCGAAAAGGGAAGGGAGAUGGCAACACCAGAACCUUUUCUCAGGAAGCUGUCAGGCGGCUCUCGCAGUUACUGAGGCGCGCCUUGAUCAGGGUCUCCAGGGAAGCUCAGCGGCUCAGCGUGAUGCACUCCAAGUGCACCAGGUUUGAGGUGCAGAGUGCUAUCAAGCUCAUCCAAAGCUGGUCACUGUCAGAAAGCUGUGUCUUGGCCACCGUCAAGGCUCUUUCUUUGUACAGCAUGAGCGCUGGAGACGGACUGAGGAAAGGUAAAUCAGCCAGAUGUGGCCUCACCUUCUCAGUGGGGAGGUUUUUCAGGUGGAUGGUGGACACUAGGAUCUCGGUUAGGAUCCAUGAAUACGCAGCCAUCUCUUUAACUGCCUGCAUGGAAAACCUUGUAGAAGAGAUUAAAGCUAGGGUUUUGGCAAGUCAGAGCCCAGAUGGUGGAGGAGGGGAGAUCUCAGCUGAAAUCCUGGAGAUGGUUAUCAACAAUGAUGCUGAACUUUGGGGAGUGCUGCAACCUUACGAGCAUCUCAUCUGUGGGAAAAAUGCUAACGGUGUGCUGUCUCUACCUGCCUACUUCAGCCCAUACAACGAUGGCUCUGUGUGCAAUGAUGGACGGGCUGAUGCUUAUGCCCAGCUGGAACUCCGAACUUUAGAGCAAUCUCUGUUGGCAACUUGCGUUGGAAGCAUCUCUGAACUGAGUGAUUUGGUAUCACGAGCAAUGCACCACAUGCAGUGUUUGAACACUAUCCGCCCAGGCAUGAGCCCCAUUCGGCAAACCCGGCAGCAGCAACCCAUCUCCUGGUCCCCUGAUGCUCUCCACACCCUCUACUACUUCCUACGCUGUCCUCAAAUGGAAUCCAUGGAGAACCCCAACCUGGACCCUCCAAGAAUGACCCUGAACAAUGAACGGCCCUUCAUGCUUCUGCCACCACUGAUGGAGUGGAUGAGAGUGGCCAUCACCUACGCUGAGCACCGGCGCAGUUUAACUGUGGACAGCGAUGACAUCAGGCAGACAGCCAGACUGCUCUUACCUGGACUGGACUGCGAGCCCCGGCAGCUGAAACCUGAAUGCUGCUUUAGUUCCUUCCGAAGACUGGAUGCUAAGGCUGCUACUGAAAAAUUCCAGCAGGAUCUGGGUUUCCGAAUGCUAAACUGUGGAAGGACAGAUCUGAUCAACCAAGCCAUCGAUGCACUGGGACCUGACGGGGUGAACACCAUGGAUGAUCAGGGUAUGACCCCACUAAUGUACGCCUGUGCUGCUGGAGAUGAAGCCAUGGUCCAAAUGCUUAUAGAUGCUGGAGCCAAUUUAGAUAUACCAGUUCCCAGUACCUCUCCUCGAUACCCUUCAGUCCAUCCUGACAGCCGGCACUGGACCGCUCUCACCUUUGCUGUGUUACACGGCCACAUCUCUGUUGUGCAGCUGCUCUUGGAUGCUGGUGCCCAUGUCGAGGGCUCCGCUGUCAACAGUGAAGACAACUAUGCUGAGACUCCUCUUCAGCUGGCUUCAGCAGCAGGGAACUACGAGCUGGUCAGCUUGUUGCUAAGUAGAGGAGCUGAUCCACUCCUGAGCAUGCUGGAAGUCAAUGGUAUGUCAUCAUCACUGCAUGAAGAUAUGAACUGCUUCAGUCACUCAGCUGCACACGGGCACAGGAAUGUUCUGCGCAAGCUCCUGACCCAGCCCCAGCAACUGAAGGGUGAUGUCCUCUCCCUGGAGGAGAUUUUAGCUGAGGGAGUGGAGAGUGACACCUCCAGCCAGGGCAGCUCCAGCGAGGGGCAGGUCAGGCUGUGUAAAACAAGAAUGAAGGCUCUGCAGGAGGCCAUGUAUUACAGCGCUGAGCACGGCUACGUCGACAUCACCAUGGAGCUCAGGGCACUGGGAGUCCCAUGGAAACUCCACGUGUGGAUCGAGUCCCUGCGGACAACCUUCUACCAGUCCCGUUACUCAGUCGUACAGACCCUCCUCCGGGAAUUUGUCACAAUCAAAGAAGAGGACUACAAUGAAGAGCUGGUUAAUGAAGGGCUGCAGCUCAUGUUUGAUAUCCUCAAAACCAGCAAGAAUGAUUCCAUCAAUCAGCAGCUUGCAUCCAUCUUCACCCACUGCUAUGGCAGCAGUCCAAUACCCAGCAUUCCCGAGAUCCGGAAGACACUGCCAGCUCGGCUGGAUCCUCACUUCCUAAACAAUAAGGAAAUGUCUGAUGUAACUUUUUUAGUAGAAGGAAAACUAUUUUAUGCACACAAAGUCCUGCUGGUUACUGCAUCCAACAGGUUUAAGACACUCAUGACCAACAAAACAGAACACGACAGCCACGGCAGCAAGACUGUCGAAAUCAGUGAUAUGAAAUACAACAUUUUCAAGAUGCUGAUGCAGUAUUUAUACUAUGGAGGAACAGAAUCCAUGGAAAUUCCCACCACUGAUAUCUUAGAGCUGUUGUCGGCUGCCAGCCUUUUUCAACUGGACGGCCUCCAGAGACACUGUGAAAUCCUCUGUGCCCAGACCAUCAGCAUGGAGAACUCUGUUAACAUCUAUAAAUAUGCAAAGAUUCACAAUGCACCUGAACUCGCCUCAUUUUGUGAAGGCUUCUUCCUCAAACACAUGAGCUCCCUCCUGGAGCAGGACUCAUUCAAGCAGCUCAUCUACAGCAGGAACAGCAAAGUGCAAGGCCUGGACCCUCUGCGGGACUUGCAGACAGCCCUGGCUGCCCGCCUGCACUCCGUGUACGUCACCUCCAGGGUGUGA